GUUUUUUUUUAAAUAAGUUAUAGUUUGUGGAUUUAUCUGCAAUAACAGAAUAGCAGAUAUUGGCGAAAUAAGUACAAACCAGUUUACUAGUAUAUAGUGAUAUAAUUAUAUUGACGUGGUUGACGGAUUAUCAACAGAUUCAAGUGGGAACUUUAUUUAUUCAACAGAUCAUUUGUACUAGUUCUGGCUACCAUAACAUUAAAUGUCGCUUUUUAUGAUUUUUGACUGGCGCGACUUUAUGUCAAUACUAUAUAACUGUACGCUGAAGUUUCUUUAGCUACAUUUGUACAUGUGUAUAUUCAAAACAUUACGUGAAAAAGGAUUAGACGCUUUUCAAAACUGUGAAAAAUUCAAGACUCGACCACACACGCGGAAUAUGCGAUAAAUGGCGAUAAUUGGCCACAUAUUUGCACUUGUGCACUAUACUGAUACCAGAAGGAAAGUCACUAAAAUAUAAGAUCAUAUAUAGCACAUAAUAUGUUGUCUGGUGUCAUUUUCCCAUAUUUCUUUAAAUCAGUGCGACUGUUUAUAAAAAUACAUAAAAACACACGAUAACUGAUUAAGAAAUGGACGCGACAACAGAGGACCAAUUGCCUGGCAACCUAUAUGAGGUCAUGGUCAGCUGCAGCGAGUUGGCUGACCUGGAUGAGUUCACGAAGUCUGACCCUAUGUGCGUGCUCUUCCAUAAGCAGUUCGGACAAUGGAAGGAGGUCUGUCGAACCGAAGCUAUCCGAAAUACGCUUAAUCCGAAGUUCGUGAAAUCAUUCAUUCUGGACUUCGAUCAUUCACUUCCACAGAAUCUGAUGUUUUCAGUAUAUGAUAUUGACAACAGCUCCACGGACCUGGGUGAUCACGAUUUCGUUGGGUCCGCGGAGUUCUCAUCCAGUGAGCUCAUUGACCCGAAAUUGAGCAUCUGUACGAGGUGUAAGACGCUCAGAGUGGCGGGUCGGUCACGUGGUCGGGGAAUCAUCAGUGUCACCUCGGAGCGCAUCGUCGACUGCAAGGAAAAGGUAACUCUGCACGCGGGCGCUCACAAACUUAACAAGCGUGGCCGGAUUAUCUCCUCUAAACCGGACUCCUACCUGGAGAUCUCCAGGAGCAUCGACAACGUGUCCUAUCAGCCAGUCUUCCGAUCAGAGACUGUGUUCAAGAGUCUGCAUCCAAGAUGGCGCCCAGUCGAAAUCGGGAUGCAAAGAUUGUGUAACGGUGAUUGGGACCGUCCGCUUGAGCUCUCAAUCUGGCAUCACAGUGGAACAGGCGAUUACAAAAUGUUGGGUAGGAAGGUGACCACCUUACGCGAACUAAAACUCCUACAAAAACACGGACACUAUAAGGAACUAAGUCUUGUCCCGCGCAAAGGGAGCAAACGCGAAAAUAGCGUAAAAAUACAGAGUUGUGGUUACUUGCGUUUUUUUCUUCUUCACGUUGCUUGUGAAUUUUCUUUGUUGCAUUAUAUCCAAGGCGGAUUGACGUUGAAUUUAUUAAUAGCUAUUGAUUUUACGUCAUCAAAUGGCAAACAAGGGGAGGUUAUGAGUUUACAUGACAUUUCGAACGAGAAAAAGACGCCGUACGUGGAAGUUAUCGAAUCUCUUGGCGGAUUGAUAUCACCGUAUUGUCCGGACGAGAAUAUUUUCAUGAUGGGUUUCGGCGCCAAAACGAGGAAGUCGUCUGCAACAAACCAUUGUUUUACACUUCCAAUCAGCAAGUCUAACACACCAUACCUCAGCGGAAUUCAGAGCGCUGUGGACGCUUACAGACAGGCAGUGACGCGCGUUCGGUUCUCCGGUCCCACACGACUGAGGCCCGUCAUCACGCACGUGGAGGCCAUGUUCGUGCGGGAACCAACUCAGGAGCGGCAGGCGUACACCGUGCUGCUCAUCAUCACGGAUGGCGUAAUAAACGAUUACGAUGACGUCAUAGAGCGCCUUAUAUCCAUCAGUCAUCUACCCAUCAGCGUCAUUUUCGCCGGCGUUGGACCCGCUGAUUUCAGUGUGAUGGAGUGUUUCAGUCACACCAGUCUCUCGCCGCUGUCUCUACUAGGUAAGAAGGUCCACUCGCCACGUCGACACACGCACUUUGUGGCGUUCCCGAGGGAGAAUGGCGUAUGUAGCAAUGUAGAAACUCUGGCUCGAGAAACCUUCGCAAUAUUAUCCAAACAAACAACGGACUACUUGCGUGACAGGGAUAUCACUCCGAAUCCACCAAGAUUGCGUUACACUUUCUCGAACUCUUCAAUUCGGAGGAAAGAUACUACUCAGACCACGUCUCCAAUGACGAGAGUUACCUCGCGCGCGAGUUUGGUGAGCAGAAACUCUGUUUUGGAGCCAACAUGUCCAACAUGUGGAUCCGUUCUAGAAUCAAAUCUUGCCAAUUCGAAGAGCAUGAGCGAUCUUGUGAAAGUUGGUUGAAUUUCCUAGUCAUUAGUGCUUUGGGGCUCAAGAAGUUCUUUUUCCGUUGAUAAAUCUUUUAAUUUAUUACAACUGGCGAUUGAUCUACCUCUGAAAUAUGAUACUCAUGGAAAGGAAAGUGAAGUUUUCGAUUGAGUAUCGGUAGUUACCGGUAGUACGGUUGGUUUAAUGACAUCAUGUCUUAUACUAUUGACGAUGAUUUAACAUCGACGUUACAUUUUCAAAGAGUCUGAUUGAUGGAGUGUCGACAGGUGAUCUACAAUUGCACAGAAGGUAGAUGAAGUAUUCACGAAAUGGUAUAUUACUUUGAAAUGGAAGCACUAUGGCAUGUGAAUGUGCCUCAUACUUAACAGUGUUCACAUUUAUUUAAACACUUACAUUUAUUAAAACACUUAAGUUUUAUUUGUUUAAAUUUUUUCCUCGGCCCCUACAUUAAUCUGUUCAAAUACGUCUUUCAAAAGACAAUCUCAUGUAUAUUAACCUGAUUUAUUUCCUUGCAAUUGUUAUUUACAUACCGUCGUUUACGCAGUAGCUAAAAUACAUUUUAUGCUCAAAAUAAAUCUCAAUACAUGUUA